AUGGCUCAGACGGACAUCGCCAAGCAGCUUAACGUGGACCGCAAGACCAUCUUUCGUGUCAAGAAGCAUCUUCAAGAUGAGGAAUCCAUGGACAGGAAGUCUGGCGGUGGCAGGCCGGUCAAAAUACCAUCGGCUGAGAUCAAGAACGCCGUGAUGGCCAACCCCACGAAGUCCAUCAUGUCCCAUGCAAUUGACUUGGGCGUGUCCAAGGACAACGUGAGCAGAGCCAUCAGAAUGGAAGGAGGAAAGUCCUUGGUGAUGAAGAAGAAACCGCUCCUCACACCAGAUGUCAAAGGCAAACAUCUGCUUCGUUGCAAAGGACUUUUGAACAACCUGAAGUCUGCUGCCGGCGGCCGAGUCAUCCUGUUCUCAGACGAGAAGACGUGGACAGUUGAUCACGUCCACAAACGGAGAAAUGACCGAUUUAUCCAUCGUCAGUCAUCAGCCUCGGCUUUGUGGCCUCCAACGGUCUGA